GACGUACUUCCUGUUUGGAAUCGGCUGCUGGAACUGCAGUCAGAAUGGGGAAUACAGACACAAAACUUAAUUUCAGGAAAGCUGUCAUUCAGCUAACCACAAAAACACAGCCAAUAGAAGCCAAUGAUGAGGCCUUCUGGGAGCAGUUCUGGUCGGACAGUGUGACAUGCGUUCAGGAUGUGUUCACGCUGAUACCAGCAGCGGAGAUACGAGCGCUGAGGGAAGAGUCACCGUCAAAUCUAGCCACAUUAUGCUACAAGGCUGUGGAGAAGCUGGUGGCUGCUGCUGAGAGUGGCUGCCCCUCACACAGAGAACAACAGACAGUGUUAAACUGUGUGCGUCUGCUGACCAGGAUUCUGCCAUAUAUAUUUGAGGACCCAGACUGGAGAGGCUUCUUCUGGUCCACGCUGCCUGGACACAGUGAGGAAGGGGAGAAUGAAAGUCCACCGCUUGCUCAGUCAUUGUUGAAUGCUCUCUCGGAUCUGCUAUUCUGUCCAGACUUCUCUGUGUCAACAAACAGAAAGUCAGGCCCGGACAACCCAGAAGACAUGGCUUCCAUAGACAGCUGCGAGUACAUCUGGGAAGCUGGAGUGGGAUAUGCCCACUCACCUGCACACAACAACAACCAUGACAUCAACCGCACAGAGAUACUCAAACUGAUGCUGACAUGCUUCUCCGAGACAAUGUACCUGCCUCCUAUAGCUGAUGCACACAGUCAGCCAAAUCAGUGGAUUCAUUUUUUCACCUCCACAGAAAACAGACAUGCCCUGCCUCUGUUUACGUCACUGCUCAACAUGGUGGCAGCCUAUGACCCAGUAGGCUACGGGGUGCCCUACAACCACCUCAUGUUUGCUGAUCACCGGGAGGGACUGGUGGAGAUUGCCCUGCAGGUCCUCUGUGUUACCUUGGAAAACGAGGCUGGCAGUAACCAGAACGUCUCUGUCGAUGGAACAAGUGGUGGAACUGCUAUGGAACAGUCCAGUGAUGCUGGUGGCCCAGACAACCUGUUUGUAAACUACCUGUCCAGAAUACACAGAGAAGAGGACUUCUCCUUCAUACUCCGAGGCAUCACACGUCUGUUGAACAACCCACUGCAGCAGACGUAUCUCCCUGGUUCCUCCAAGAAGAUACAGUUCCACCAGGAGCUGCUGGUGCUGUUCUGGAAGAUGUGUGACAUCAACAAGAAGUUCAUGUUCUAUGUGUUGAAGAGCAGUGAUGUGUUGGACAUCCUGGUACCUAUCCUCUACUUCCUCAAUGAUGCCAGGGCAGAUCAGUCUCGUGUUGGCCUCAUGCACAUCGGAGUGUUCAUUCUGCUGUUAUUGAGUGGGGAGAGGAACUUCGGUGUGCGUCUCAACAAGCCCUACACCGUGAGAGUUCCCAUGGAUAUUCCAGUCUUCACCGGCACUCAUGCGGACUUCCUUGUCAUUGUUUUCCACAAGAUCAUCACCACAGGGCACCAGCGACUGCAGCCAUUGUUUGACUGUCUCCUAACCAUCAUUGUCAAUGUGUCACCAUACUUGAAGACUCUAUCUAUGGUUGCCAGUACCAAGAUGCUGCAUUUACUAGAGGCGUUCAGUACUCCAUGGUUCUUGUAUGCCAGUCCCACCAACCACCAUCUUGUGUUCUUCCUCCUCGAGGUCUUCAACAACAUCAUACAGUAUCAGUUUGAUGGUAAUUCCAACUUGGUGUACACAAUAAUCCGCAAAAGAAAUGUGUUCCAUCAAAUGGCCAACCUGCCAACAGACCAUUCAGCUAUUGCCAAAGCUCUUACCAAGCGUGGGAAGAAGUUCUCCGCUCCGCCUCAAGACACCAGAGACCCACAGACAAUGGAGGGUGCCAUCCCCGCAUCUGAAGCCGAACCUGGCACACUCAAGGCCAGUCUAGCAGCUCUACCUCGUCUUGACAAGAUGACCGAGAGGGCUGCUCCUGAUGAGGGACACAAGGCCCCAACACUGAAGGAGCUGGCGGAGUCCAGUGGGACUCACAAUGUGCAGCCUCCCAGUGAGAUCAGGGACCCUACCUCAGGACAAGGCGAGGAGGCCUCCUCCACAGAAGAUGCAGAGAGUGAGAAGCCAAAACUGCAGAAGGCAAAGAGUUUGCCCACUCCACCAGCCAGCCCUUCCAACAUGACGCCGCCCAUGACUGCAGAGAUUCCAACACGGGCUCCCAUGAUGAGAGCAGGCUCUGCAGCCGGACCAGGAGCAUGGGUUGCCACACCUGACUGGGUCCAGUCCUGGAAGCAGAAGCUGCCAUUGCAGACCAUCAUGAGGAUGUUGCAGGUGCUUGUGCCGCAGGUGGAGAAGAUCUGUAUAGACAAGGGUCUGACAGACGAGAGUGAGAUCCUCAAGUUCCUUCAACAUGGCACACUGGUGGGUCUCCUCCCCGUGCCUCACCCAAUCCUCAUCCGCAAGUACCAGGCUAACAGUGGCACCACCAUGUGGUUCCGUACAUACCUCUGGGGAGUCAUCUAUCUCAGAAAUGUCGACCCGCCUGUAUGGUACGACACGAAUGUCAAGCUGUUUGAGAUCCAGCGUGUGUGAGGGGAUGUCAAGGAAAGGAAGUGUGGAUCUUGUGUGAAGGGAGGGAUCAUUGCAGGAAGUAUCAGCACAAGGAAGUGUGGAUCUUGUGUGAAGGGAGGGAUCAUUGCAGGAAGCAUCAGCACAAGGAAGUGUGGAUCUUGUGUGAAGGGAGGGAUCAUUGCAGGAAGUAUCAGCACAAGGAAGUGUGGAUCUUGUGUGAAGGGAGGGAUCAUUGCAGGAAGCAUCAACACAAGGAAGUGUGGAUCUUUUCAGUGGGGGUAUAUCUAAAUGUGUGGGACACAGAACAAAUAUAUCCUCAACACCAGCAUACCAUGACCAAUAGUGGCUCUAUCGCUGUCAACUUACAUAUAAAUCUGAGUAUGGGAGUAUCACACAUGAAACAGCACUCUGUAUCUGAUGAGUGUAUCUUCGCAGACUAAAAUAUUGCUACACUUGAUAAAAUGCUCCAAGAAUCUUUAUUGGCACUGGCCUACCUAAAUUAAGAUAUAUUUUUCAAUGGUCGCAAGGACUUGGAGUGAACGAGGUUUCACUUAUAGAGACAACUGAAAUACAGGAUAAUGUCACCAGUUGAGUAUAUUCUGUCAUGUGUAAGCUACAUCUUCAUAGCCAUUCCAGUUCAUAAAAAGUACAUCCAUGACUGCCACAACAUCACUCUAUCAGCUUCAGUAUUCAGGAUGUGGAAAUGUCCCAAUUGGUGCAAUAGACUGAUAGACAACAUGCUAUGUCGUUUUGGUUGUGUUUUGAGCCUUGACUUUGGUAAUGUACAUUAUGAUGACUUUAAUUGUAAAUUAUGUGAUAAAGAUUUCCACAUCCCUGAUGUCUGUUAACCACUAGUUCAGAAGGGUAGCCCAGCGGUUAAAGCCCUGGCUCAUCAUGCCACAGCCCUGGUUUAAUUCUACAUAGGGUAUAAUGAGUAAAACAUGAUUGCAUGCCACAUGCUGGUACAUUGUCUGAAUAUUACUAGAAGUGUGAAAACCAAUUUGCUGAAGGCUAAAUCUACUGAAAAACAGUAUGUAGGCUCUUGUGUCAGAGCGAGGCAGUAACGUCAAGGGGGUGUUCAAGUCAGUCUGUUAUUAAACUGUGUAUAUGUUCAAUAUAUAGAUGUUGUUACUGGAUUAUGUAUCUACUAAUCAGGCAAAUGACAUUUUAUAGUCUCCUCCUAACAGCAAAGCUCUUUUAACAUCUUAUCUCUCUAGUUUGCCAUGUUGUUUAUUCUAAAUUACCAUUCCAUUUUAUUGUUUCUUUGACCAUAUAUUCUGUAUAUAAAGAUUGUGCUGUAUAUUUCCUCCGAGCUCUUCAUCACAAAGACUUCACAAUGGGGUGCGCAUGUUGUAUGAGAAUAAUUAUAUUUUACAAUGGUAUAAUAGAAACUGCCAUUUGAAAUACAGUAAACUAUAUUCCAUGCAGUAAUUGGAACAUUUGAGACAUCAAAUUGUCAUAUGUUGUUCAUAAUUACUGAUUGUAAGUGAAUUAUACAAUUACAGGGAGUAGAUUCUUGAGGCAUGACAUACACCAAGUAGAAAUAUCCUCUGGGUUAUGUAUGUUUAUAUGGGUAUCGACUAAUGUGACAUGAGCUAUUUUAUUUCUCAAAAUACUACAGACUAAUUAUGAUGACACAACUUGAGUUUGUUAUUGCCGACAAUUUACUGGUGAUAGUUCUAUCUUAAAUUCUGGAUUUAACAAUACCUAACUGGGUUUGACUGGAUUUAACUGUUUUUCUAUUAUGCAUCAUGUAACCGAAUCUCAAACUCGUUCUCUGUAAGCGUCAAUUUCAAAUGAAUGUUGCAUCCCAUCAUGAGUUCAUUGUCACACAUAAAUAUAUAUACCUGUAAGGGUAUGUUGUAUAUACUCCUUGUUGUGAGUGAGAUGUGGAAUAUGUGACAAGAAUGGUCAGGUUCUGUUAUCUGUGAUCUGCAGCUAGAAGCAAGUGUACUUGCUUAUUAUGAGACAGUUCAUAUUGAAGUCAACCGAUAUACAAACAGGUAGAUGAAGUUUAUAAUCAACCAAUACACAGGCAAUCUGAUGGUUGAAGGUUGAAAGCAACCAAUGCCAACAGGUUGAUACUGAUAAAUAGAUAGCUGAAAACAACCAGCGCCAACAGGUUAAUAUCAACUGAUAUUUUGACAAAUAGAUGGUUGAAAAUAACCAGUGUCAGCAGGCGUAAAGUUUUAUCAAGUGCUUGAUAAUUGAAGGUUGAUACACACAAGAAAUGCUUAUGAUCAGGUCCAGUGUUUUGCGUUAAAGUUUCUUUUCCCAUGAAUUUUGUGUAGAUAAAUCAGUUGUGUAUUCAAGCAUUGUGUUCAGUUUUGUAACAGUUUAGAAGAAAAUGUUCUUGACUUGUAUCAAAUUAGUAACAAAAAUUGUACACAUCAUGCCAGCAUGGUUUCAAAAUGGCUUUUCUUAUACUCUGCAGCAAUUGAAACGGGUACAAAUAACAUGAAAGGGCAUUGACCCCAUGAACAUUGUUCUGAGAUAGAGGAGGUAAUCUGCACCUCACAAUAAGUGGACUUUGUGGGAUGUUGAUCACUGUCAAUUGACCUCAAUGUUUGAAGUUUCUGUGGAAAAGGCCACAAGCUUAUCAAUGUCUUAUAGCAUCUGUUGAUUGUUGGAGUAAGUAACAGGUUUGUCGAUCAGAAUGCAGUUCCAGUAGUUUUGCAGGGAAAGGCAACAGGCACAUCCUGUCAAAUGUGUGAAUACUUGUUUGAUUGGGAAAGGUUUGCAUUGCAUAUAUCUUUACAUUAUUUGAGUUUUUGUGUUGUGAUAACGGGGUAUGUGCAAACAAUGUGGUGUAUUGUAGACCAGGUGUGCUUGUGUUGUGUUUUGCUGAUCAUGAAUAGUGUUACUUUGUUGAUCGUUUGUGUGGCACCACUUAAGUAUUCACCAUCAAUAUCAAAUACAUGUAAUUGAUGGGAAAGUUGUCAUUCGUUUGAAAUGUGUUUGUAGGCAGCUUGGCUUGAAGUUUAGGAUUCAUUGUUACUGAAUAAGAAUUUAUCAAUAACUUUUCAUACAUCAAAAGUACUUUCAAAUGGCUUCAGUCACACAAAUGUUGUUUCUGUUGUUAGUGCAGCACUCUGGUUAUGUUGUUUUGCAGUGUGGAGUCAGGUAGAAUUAGUGUUCAUAUCUAGGUCUAAUAAUUGCUUGUUUAUUGAUAUUUUAUUUAAAACUGGAGUCAGUCAUCAAAUUACAAGAUAGCUUUUUUAUUGACUUAUUUUCUGAAGAAAACUGUUGGUGAGGUGAAAUAAAUUGUAAUGAAAAUGUCAAUUGGCAUCCAAGACUGCUCUACAUUUUGGUUCAUUCAAAAAUAAAAACGAUAAACUAGGCAGAGGAAGAAAAACUUCAGUAAUUUUAAGUUUUGUUUCUCUGUGUGAAAUUGUGGGUCAGGGGAAACUGUUAACCAAGUUUUUAGAUAGAAAAACCUGUUUCUUUCCACACAUCUAUACAGAGGUGAUGGUGGCAUAGCUGUCUAAUAGGUGUACUCAGCAGAUCGAAAGAAUAUAUAGGUACCCAAUACUAAUGAACAUAUUCACUGUAAAACAAUGCAAGGAUAAUGAAUAAUCUUUCCUACAAAGUUUGUCCAUUAAACAGCUUUGUUCAUGGGAACCAUAUAACUUGUAUCAAAAUCCCACUGUCAUACUUGUUAACAAAUAUACAUCAUGUCACAAAGUUUGAAUGGGUGACCAUGGUCAGCUGAAGUCACUAGACUGUUUCAUUUCUUUGUGCCUCACUUUCAGUCGCUCUUUGUUCUUUGUAGUGCUUGUCCUGUUAUGUAACUCAGUGUAAAAGAAAUCCUGUGAAGCAUUUGUAAAUAAAGUCAAGUGUACAAACUGUU